GAGGCAGACACCGAAGGCAAGCAGGAGGUCAGGGGAGCCGAGCCGGAGCCCGAGAACAAACAGAAAUCGGAGGCGGCGGCAGCAGCCAAGCCCGAGAAGGGCUCGGAGCCCAAUCCUGCCGACAGUGCCACCUCCAACGCCGAGGAGGAGCAGCUGAAGCCUCGAACCCGCACCUCUGCUGGGAAAGGCCUGUCUCGCCUCUUUUCCUCCUUCCUCAAGCGCCGCUCCCAGUGCUCGGAGGGAGAGGGGUUUGAGGUCGAGAAAGCCAGCGAGGAAAAGGUGGACAGGGAAGAAAAAGCAGAGAAAGGAGAAGAAGAAAAGGUAGAGGAGGCAAAGAAGGCAGAAGUGCAGGAAGAAAAAACUGAGGUAAAAGAAGGGAAGAAGUGCGAGGAGGAGAACACGGAAAAGAAAGAGGAAGAGAAAAAAGUGGAAGAAAAAAUUGAGAAGAAGGGGAGUAAGAAGAAAAAGAAAGAGGCAAAGAGGAAAGGAGAGGAUAAAAAUGAGGAGACAGUGAGAAAACCAGACAAGGAAGAAAAGGAGGAGGAAAAGGUGAAGAAGACAGGCGAGGACAAGGAGGAGCAGGCAGCAGAAAAGAAAGAGGAGGUAAAGGAAGAAAAGCUUAAGACAAAAGAGGGAGAACAGGAGGAGGCGAAAGAAGCAAAGGACAAAAAGGUGACAGUAGGGAAGGAGAGUAAAGAGGAGAAGGUUGACAAGAAAGACGUGAAGAAGAAAGAUAAGGAGGAGAAGGCAAAGAAGAAGGAAGAGGAAAAGGCUAAGCGGAAAGCAGAGGAAGAGGAAAAAGUGAAAAAGAGAGAGGAGGAAAGAGCAAAGAAGAGAGAGGAGGAGAAGGCACGAGAGGCAGAGCGAGCAAAGAAGCGAGAGGAGAAGGCCAAGAAGAGGGAAGGGGAAAAAGCAAAAGAGGAGAAGGCCCAAGAGGAGGCCAAAAAGAAAGAGGAGGAGAAGAGGAAAGAGCAAGAAGAGAAGACAGAAAAGACGGAAAAGACGGAGAAGAAGGAAGAAGAGGGGGGAAAGAAGGAGGAGGAGGAGAAGGGAAAGAAAAAAGAGAAGGGAAAGAAGAAAGAGAAGAAGAAGGAGGAGGAGACGGAGUCAGCUGAAGAGCAGGUGAAAGCUCCCAUUGCUGCUCCAGAGCCUGAGCUGAAAACUGAGCCAGAGACUGAACAGGCUCCUGACCAACAUUCACUCAGCAGUGCCGAGUCUCAGCAGGCUCCAGAGGACCAAAAAGAAGCUCAGAAGGAGGCUGAGAAGGAGCCUGCGCUGGAAGAAGGGCAGGAGGAAGAUACAGAGAAAACAAAGGAGGACCAAGUAGAACAGGAGGAAGAGGAUAAAAAAGAAAAAGAAAAAGAGAAGGUUAAGGAAGAGGCCAAAAAAGAGAAGCCUAAAGAAGAAAAGAAGACAGAGAAGAAACCAGAAGAGGCCAAGCCCUCUAAAAAACAGAAAACCAUGCAGUGCAAGGUCACGUUACUGGACGAUGCUCCGUUUGAGUGUGAAUUGGAUAAACAUGCCAAAGGCCAGGAACUGUUUAUGAAGGUUUGUGACCACCUCAACCUGUUGGAGAAAGAUUACUUUGGCCUGGCCCACUGGGAAACACCCACCAGCAAGACAUGGUUAGAUCCUUCCAAAGAGAUCCGGAAACAGGUUUCGGGUGCCAUCUACGAAUUCACAUUCAAUGUGAAGUUCUACCCACCCGACCCAGCACAGCUCACAGAGGACCUUACCAGGUACUACCUGUGCCUGCAGCUGAGGAAGGACAUCAUGAAUGGAGUCCUGCCUUGCUCCUUCGUCACUUUGUCCCUGCUGGGCUCCUACACUGCCCAGUCGGAGCUUGGGGAGUACGACCCAGAAGUCCAUGGGGAAGACUACGUCAAGGAUCUGAGCCUGGCACCUGGACAGAGCAAAGAACUGGAGGAAAAGGUGAUGGAGCUCCACCGAACAUACAGGUCAAUGAGUCCGGCCCAAGCAGAUAUGUCGUUUCUGGAAAAUGCCAAGAAGCUCUCCAUGUAUGGAGUGGAUAUACACCAAGCCAAGGAUCUUGAUGGCGUUGACAUUAUGUUGGGGGUUUGCUCCAGUGGUCUGAUGGUUUACAAAGACAAGCUGAGAAUCAACCGUUUUCCAUGGCCCAAAGUGCUCAAAAUCUCCUACAAACGCAGCAGCUUCUUCAUCAAGAUCCGAGCCUCAGAGCAAGAGCAGUAUGAGAGCACAAUUGGCUUCAAAUUACCUAACUACAAAGCUGCCAAGAAGCUGUGGAAGGUUUCUGUGGAGCACCAUACCUUCUUCAGGGUCUCAACAGUAGAGCAGCCCUCUUCCCGUCGCUUCCUGGUCCUGGGUUCUAGGUUCCGAUACAGCGGACGUACCCAGGCCCAGACCCGCCAGGCCAGCUCCAUGAUUGACCGCCCAGCUCCUCGCUUCACACGCUCUGCCAGCAAGAGGCUGUCCCGUAACCUAGAUGGAAGCAUGCCUGGAGAUGAUACACUCCAGUUCUUGCAGCAGCUUUCAGUCUUAAACAGUUCCGAGGUUGAUGAUUCGUUGCUGAUGCUGGAAUCUGACAAACCAAAGGCAUAUCCAAAACCAGCCAGAGAGGAGUUUGUAAAGACUUUCACACAGUCCCUGAAGGAAGGGCAGUCGUAUCAGACGGUCACAGAGACCUGGCGGGAAACUGAGAGUGGGUUGACUGGCUCUCAGAUCAUCACCCAGACUUUCAGUCAGUCACGGCAGGAUUUGGCAUCGGAUAAGAAAUGGCAGGAUACAAAGAAAGAUGACUGGUUUGUCCUCUUCCAGCAUCAUACUUCCCUUCCCAUUGCCCCAACUUUCGAUUUUGUGAGACAACCAGUAUCUCCCCCAGCUGGAGUCCAACUACAGGAGAUAUAUGUUCAACAUGUUGGUGAGACAGAGCAACAGGUUCAGACUAGUGAGGAGGUCACUGAGGGGUUACAGGAAAUGAUAACCUUGGUAGACAAGAUGAAAGAGGCAGAGGUUUUAGAGGAGAGGCUGAAGGAGGUCAGGGUGCUAGAAGAGAGGCUCCAGGAAGUCGAUGAGCUGGCAGAGAGAAUUCAGGGGGUAAUAGAAGGGGAAUUGGGCAAAGAAGAAGUUGAACAACUUAAAGAUAUGAAGACAGUAAAGGUCAAAUCAGUCAGACAGAAAGAUACAGUUGAGGAGGAGGUUGAUGAGCUCGAAGAACAAAUCAAGAAGAUAUUUUUGAAAGGCUUGUUGCCUGAAGAGGAACAGGGCAUGAUGGAGCAAGAGAGUGAGACAGAGGUGGUAGAAGAGAGUCUGAAAGAUGAUGGACUGAAAGCACGUCUGCGCGAGAUAGAAAAAGAGUGGCAAGAGGAGGUUGAGGAGCGGUUGAAGUCUGGCUCUUCAGAUUUGGAAGGAAUCUCCCCUGAAUUGGUGGUGCAGAGGAUAGAAAAGAGGAUUGGCUCUUCAGAUUUGGAAGGGAUGUCCCAUGAAGUGGUGGUGCAGAGGAUAGAAAAGAGGUCUGGCUCUUCAGAUUUGGAAGGGAUGUCCCCUGAAGUGGUGGUGCAGAGGAUAGAAAAGAGGAUUGGCUCUUCAGAUUUGGAAGGAAUCUCCCCUGAAGUUUUGGUGCAGAGGAUAGAAAAGAGGAUUGGCUAUUCAGAUUUGGAAGGAAUCUCCCCUGAAGUGGUGGUGCAGAGGAUAGAAAAGAGGACUGGCUCUUCAGAUUUGGAAGGGAUGUCCCCUGAAGUGGUGGUGCAGAGGAUAGAAAAGAGGAUUGGCUCUUCAGAUUUGGAAGGGAUGUCCCCUGAAGUGGUGGUGCAGAGGAUAGAAAAGAGGAUUGGCUCUUCAGAUUUGGAAGGGAUGUCCCCUGAAGUGGUGGUGCAGAGGAUAGAAAAGAGGAUUGGCUCUUCAGAUUUGGAAGGAAUCUCCCCUGAAGUGGUGGUGCAGAGGAUAGAAAAGAGGACUAAGAAAAUAGUGACUAUUAAAGAGGAGAGGUGGCAGCAACCACAAGAGAUGAACGAGAGGCAGGUACAAACUGGCCUAAGAUCAGUGGAGAGGUUAGAAAAAGAGGAGACAUGGCUUAAGAUGGAGGAACUGGAGGAGAACAUUGAGGGAGAGUUGGUAGAGCAGCAACACGAUGAGGAGAUGGUGGAGAUGAAUCUGAAGCGAUUGCAGGUGGAAGACAAAGAUGAUUGGUUCAUGCUUUCUGACCGCUCUCCAUAUAAGGCUGAUUUCAAACUGCCAGCUACCAUGGUGAAACAGGCUCAGGUGGAUGCCAAGAGCUUCACCUCAAAGCUAAACAUCUCAACAGCUGAGGACAUAAGAGAAGUCAUAGUAACAGAGAUAAAAACAGGUGGAGAAGAAGCAAAAAGUGUAAAAGAAAUUCCCCCACUGCAGACCUUGAGGGAGACGGAUGACAGCUGGUUUUUGUUGCUGGAUGUUGUUCCCAGAGAAACCGCUUAUGUACCACCAGUUGCUGCUGAGGAGCAUAUUCAGAUGUAUCCAGAAGAACGCAUCACUGCGGUUGAAAUGACAGCAGUCGAGAAGAGAGAGGAGAGAACGGAGGUUGUUGUACGAGACGCAGAGAUAAAACAUGAGCAUGACAUAGCAGUCCUACAACCUGUGAAAAAGGUAGAAGAUGACUUUUUUGUUCUACUGGAUGUUGCCCAAAGAGAGCCAUCUUUUGUUCCACCAGUGGAGGAAUAUAUCCAGGUUUAUCCACAAAAGAGCAUCUCUACUGCUGUUGAAGUGAUGGCAGUAGAGACCAGGGAAGGGGUUAUGGCUGAGGAGAUCACAGUACAGAAAGAGGACAGCAAGCCUCCAAUGCACAUUAUUGCAGAGCAGAAAAUAACCCAGCAAGUGAGAAAAAGAGAUGAUGACUGGUUUGUGCUGCUGGAUGUUGUUCCCAGAGAAACAGCUUAUGUACCACCAGUUGCUGCUGAGGAGCAUAUUCAGAUGUAUCCAGAAGAACGCAUCGCUGCGGUUGAAAUGACAGCAGUCGAGAAGAGAGUGGAGAGAACGAAGGUUGUUGUACGAGACGCAGAGAUAAAACACGAGCAUGACAUAGCAGUCCUACAACCUGUGAAAAAGGUAGAAGAUGACUUUGUUGUUCUACUGGAUGUUGCCCAAAGAGAGCCAUCUUUUGUCCCACCAGUGGAGGAAUAUGUCCAGGUUUAUCCACAAAAGAGCGUCUCCACUGCUGUUGAAGUGAUGGCAGUAGAGACCAGGGAAGGGGUUAUAGCUGAGGAGAUCACAGUACAGAAAGAGGACAGCAAGCCUCCAAUGCACAUUAUUGCAGAGCAGAAAAUAACCCAGCAAGUGAGAAAAAGAGAUGAUGACUGGUUUGUGCUGCUGGAUGUUGUUCCCAGAGAAACCGCUUAUGUACCACCAGUUGCUGCUGAGGAGCAUAUUCAGAUGUAUCCAGAAGAACGCAUCACUGCGGUUGAAAUGACAGCAGUUGAGAAGAGAGUGGAGAGAACGAAGGUUGUUGUACGAGACGCAGAGAUAAAACAUGAGCAUGACAUAGCAGUCCUACAACCUGUGAAAAAGCUAGAAGAUGACUUUGUUGUUCUACUGGAUGUUGCCCAAAGAGAGCCAUCUUUUGUCCCACCAGUGGAGGAAUAUGUUCAGGUUUAUCCACAAAAGAGCAUCUCUACUGUUGCUGAAGUGAUGGCAGUAGAGACCAGGGAAGGGGUUAUGGCUGAGGAGAUCACAGUACAGAAAGAGGACCGCAAGCCUCCAAUGCACAUUAUUGCAGAGCAGAAAAUAACCCAGCAAGUGAGAAAAAGAGAUGAUGACUGGUUUGUGCUGCUGGAUGUUGUUCCCAGAGAGGCUUCCUAUUCACCCUCAGUUUCUAAGGAAGUACCGAGAGAGGUUUAUCCAGCUAUCACUGAAACUCCAGUAGCUGAAGUGAAGACCAUAGAGCAAAAAGGGUUGUCUGUGUCCGAUCCGAUUGAACCAGUUAGACAGCAGCCUACCUGGCCGCUGGUUGAGAGAGACGAUGACUGGUUUGGGCUGUUUGGUGCAAUUCAUGAGAAGACAGUCUUAGUGCCACCAGUUGCUUCUGUUGAGCCUAUUCCGGACGUAAGCAAGACCACAGUUGUCGAGGAGAAAAUCAUAGAGACCAGAAAAUGGGAGAAGGUGAUAAUUACUGAGGACAAAAAGCAAGAAGAGAUACGUCCUCCUGAAAUUAAACUGGUCAGAACAUUACCGCCAUUGGAAAGAGAAGAUGAUUGGUUUCUCCUGUUGAAUGUUAUCCGUGAAAAGUCCGUCAUCAUACCACCAGUUGCUCGGGCUGAGCGUGUUCAAGAUGCGGUGCCAGCGGUUGGGCCAAAACAAAGCGUGGCAGUGGAUGAUGUGAGACCACCAGAGGCACUAGUGAAGGUGUCUUCUGUUGAGACAAAACCCCCGCAACCAAAAAAGUUGGACGAUGACUGGUUUGUGCUGUUUGAUGUUGCAGCGAAAGCACCAGUCGCCAUGAGCGAACAAGUCUAUGCAUAUCCUGAGGUAAGACGCACUAAAGUGGUUACAGCCACAGAACAGAGAACACAGAGGAGGGUUGUUAUGGCACACGAGGUGUGGCAACAGCAAAGCAUGGUGGAGCAGAGAGCAUCUCAGCCACUGAGACAGGUGGAAGAUGACUGGUUCAUUCUUCUGGAUGUGGCCCCUAAAAAAUCAGUUGCCAUCCGUGAGCGCAUCCAGUUCUACCCGGACAUAAGCCCUAUUGUCAAAGUUGUGACCAUUGAGGCAAAACCAAGGCUUGCUAUUCCUGAGAGGAGACCACAGUUUGAGAGGAGGAUCCUGGAAGAGAGACGUCCACCAACACAGAAAGAUGUCAACGAUGAUUGGUUUGUCCUGCUAGAUGCUGACCUCAAAGAGUCAGUGGCAGGCACUCACAGGGGCACUCGCCCAGUCAGCGCCCCAGUCUUCUCCCAGGCCGCCCUGUUGGAGGCAGGGAUCCCCAUGGCCUCGCUAGAGCAGCCCCAGACCUCCACCCCCAUCAAGAUCGGCAGGCAGGAGGAGAAGAAGCUGGAGGUCACUUUAGAAGUUGUAGAGCUGUCAAAAUCCGAGAUUGUGGAUGACACCAAGCCAGCAGUGGGGCUGGGCCAAAGAAAGGUAGCCACUACAGUGACUCCCACCAUCAAUGGGGAUAUUCAGCUUCAGCCUGAGGAGACAAGCAUGGAGUUGGUGCAAAUGCGCAAGAAAAGAGCUAAGAACGUUGAGGGUGACUCAAUUUAUAUCAGACAUAGCCUUUUAAUGUUGGAGGAGUUCGAUAAGCCUCAGGAGGACCUGCUAAGACACCAUGCCAGCAUCAGCAAGCUGAAGAAGAACUUCAUGGAGGCUGUCCCAGAGCCCAGGCCCAGUGAGUGGGACAAGCGACUGUCCACACAUUCUCCUUUCCGCACUCUGGGCAUCAACGGUCAGCCUUUGCCCGGUACAGAUGGGAGUUUGUGUGUUAGUCCUGUGUGGGACGGCUCAGACACUAAAGCCACACAGGAAGAAGCCGGCAUCAGUUUGGGCUUCUCAGGCAUACCCAGUCCCACUGUGAGCCAAACAAGUGAGGCUGAUAGCGUUGAAUCCUACAGUGCCCCUGAUGUGGCAGAGUCAUAUGAUCAGGACGAAUCUGUAGUUUCUGAGACCUCCUUGGUGCCCAUCGUAGAAGUGGAAAUGGCUAAAUUGCCUCUGUCCCACGAGCUCUCCAGUCUGGCCGUAGAGGAGACCCAGUUGAAAAAGGAGCAGGAGGAGGAAGCGUCAGAUCCGGGGUCGGAGUGUGCUGGGGGGAUAGCUGGAUCCUUUCCAGCCUCUUAUUUCGUGAGCUGUGGUCCCCAUGUCAUACGCUGCUUCCAGCCCCCUCUUGUGCAGACGCAGACAGUCACCAUUUCAGCUGUCUCCAACUCCCUACGCAGUGACAUCUCCACCACUGAGGUCCCUAUCAUCCCAACCAAGACCAUCACCUAUGAGUCUGCACAGGUGACAGUGGAUGGGACAGACGGGGACAAGCAUGGCACAGCUCUGUCCAGCACUGAGACCGCUACUUCAGAAACCGCCAGCAGAACCACAGUCACGACCACUCACAUCUCCAAGGUUGUCAAAAGUGGAUCCACAGAGACUCGGGUGGAGAAGAGAAUUGUCAUAACUGCGGAUUCUCUAAUUGACCAAGACCAGCAGGAGACUGACAGUGGGACAUCAGCAAUGUAAUUGACCCACCAACUUUAUAUAUACCGGUGACCAAUAAUCUGCUAGCAGUCUCCAUCCUUCCCCUAGUUCAAUGUGGAUCACUGGCCAACAAGCAAGGUCCAGCUCUAUCUACCAGAACGCCAUCAGUAUCUCAUUGAUCCACUUCAACCCUACAAAAUUAGUGGAUGACUGGUCCAAUAAGUUUCAGUAGAUAAUCCCUUUGUUGCAGCUGAGUUGCUUAUUGCAUGUAGAGCAGGGCCAUAGUUCACUCCUGCCUGUGACCAAACAUUUAUUUCUCAUCCUAGUGGUUAAAACAUGUAAUCAUAAUACAUUACAUUGGUUAAAAAACCCAGCAGCAUUUUAGGUUGACCGAUUUCAUUUUGACUUGCUUUAAAAUGCUUUUAUAUUUCCCUGGUUUGUUUUUUUCCCAUUCUCAAUUUUACAUAAACAGAUUGCUUGAUAGUGUAGACAUAAUUUUCAGGAUUUUUUUUCCCUCUUCUUCCUACAAAGGGAACAUCUGAAUAUAUCCAAGGGAAUUCUCAUUUGUUUACUUUGUUUUUAAUGGAGGAACAGACCUCUAGUGAAUUGAAGUGACAUACCUCACAGUAACAUGGGAACAAAGAUGCUCUGCUCAGACUCGGAGAGCUGUUUGGCUUUGUUCACUGCUCAGGUAAAAGUAAAACAAAAUGUUAAAUCUUUUCUUCCACAACUAGCCAAGCACUAGCAGCCUACACUUUAUUGUAAAGUUUGAAUUUAAAAUUGAUCUAUUUUGAAAUGUCUCUCUAUUUUAUAGAAUACUUUUAUAGUGUUUGUAUAAACUGAGGUUUUUAAGUUAUGCAUAUCCAUCUAUCCACUGAAAUAUGGGUUAACACACCGACUUUCUCCUUUUUAUUGAAUUUUGAGGGGUGCAUAUCAACA